AUGCCAGAGACCACACCUCAAAGACCGUGGAUAGAGACUCCCUUACUUGAGUCAGCAGCUUUGUCCAAGAUCAAUGGCUGUCGGGUCUUCUUGAAACUAGAGAACCUCCAGCCCAGUAAAUCAUUCAAAUCUCGAGGAAUCGGAAAUUUCAUUGUCCAAUCAAUCCAAUCCACUCCCAAUCCAUCCUCUCAACCUCAUUUCUACAUUUCGUCAGGCGGUAAUGCAGGCUUAGCAUGUGUAACAGCAUGUUCUACCUUGGGAUACAAAGCUACUGUGGUAGUUCCCCUAUCGACAAAGCAAUUCAUGAUUGAGAAAUUGAAAAUUGCAGGAGCGGACGUACUUCAAUAUGGAGAAACAUGGUUUCAUGCCGAUCAACAUCUCCGUAAUGAUAUAUUAUCUAAAGAUCCUGGAGGAGUUUACGUUCCUCCCUUUGAUCAUCCGAAUGUCUGGGAUGGCGCCGCUACCUUGGUACCAGAAUGGGAAACCCAACUGUCUCACAUUGACGGUCUAGAGCAAGUCGAAGCGGAUGGAGUAGUUUGUUGUGUAGGUGGAGGAGGGUUGUUCGCAGGUAUAAUGCAAGGUAUUCUCAACCAGAAGAAAAGAAAAACAAAGGUUAUAGCUGUUGAAACGAAAGGUGCAGAAAGUCUAAAUGCUUCUUUAGAAAAAGGUGAAAAUUCCAGCUUGGGGGGAAUCACUUCCAUCGCGACUUCCUUGGGAGCUAUCAAAGUGUGCCAACAAGCUUUCGAUUACGCCCAUGAGAAUAGAGGUUUAGUGAAGAGUGUUGUAGUAAGCGAUCAACAGGCUGUACAGGCAUUGUUGAGAUUCGCAAGCGAAGAAAAUAUGAUUGUGGAACCUGCUUGCGGAGCGACUCUGUCUAUCGCCUACGAAGGGAAGUUGAAAAAUCAUAUAGAAGGGUUGAAAAAAGAUUCAAGGGUUGUGUUGGUAGUUUGUGGAGGAAGUGCGGUGACGCUAGACUUGCUAGAUGAAUGGAGGAAGACCUAUGCCAAUUAG